GCGUGUGUUCAUGGUUAAUAAAGCAUGGUGCUGCAAAUUGAACGACAAGUGUGUCACAUAUUCGAUCAAAUCUUAGAGGACUUCGAUUUGUUUACAAAGUAUUUUAAAUUUAUGAAAUGCAUUGAUAAUAAUCAAUGGAUAUGACUUACAAGGUCUUAAAACCUAGCUGCCUUUGUUUAUGUGUAAACUGUACUUAAUUAUUCUAGACGGGUGACUAUUUUAAGCAAUCAAUCGUAGAUUUAAUUACUGCGGAUCGCGUAUUUUGUGUUAGUUACAUUUAAAGUACAUCUUAAUUGUACAAAGUCUUGUUAAACAGUGAAAACUGUCAAUUCUUACAAUUUAAUGGAAAAACAACACAAAAAUGAUUGCUUAUUUAGGAUUGAUUUUAUUGAUUUUCCUUUUUGUAAAAGCCACAAAAUUAUAGACACAUUGAUUAAUAUAAUUAAAGGAAAACAGAUCUACAGAUUCAUGUGGUCACUGUUAGAUAUCUGGUACACAAUUAAACAUAAGAUUCUGGAUAUAGAAUAAUAUUUUGUUUAAUUUUUGCAAUGAAUAGAAUGCUGAUAUCUGUUCUAAAAAUGUGUCUUAAUCACAUAAUUUUAAUAUGAUCUGAACGUAAGUUUCAGAAUUGUUUCAUGUUAGAAAUUUGGGAUCCUAAGGUUUGAGUGAGAUUUUGAUAAAUUGACAGCGAGAUUUGUUAAAGUGAGUUUGGAGAAAGCCUAUUUUAUGAAAGGAGUUUCUAAUGAUCUCAGUCAUAUAUAUGUAUUUUGUAUUUGAAAUAAAGAAAGGUGGAUUUAAAAAAAAUAUCUAUAUAUUUCAAAUAAGAGACAUUAUCAAAGAAAGGAAUUUAGCAACAAAUGAAAAUGGUUUUUGACGGAAAUAAAAUUCAUUUAUUGGGAUUUGGAUAAUGGAAUUCAUGUACAUGUGAUUGCUGAAGGAUAGAAUAUAUAUAUUUUAAGAUUUACUAAGGAAAAUGAUAUUUUUGAAAAUAUAUAAAAAAAACUGAAGUUAUUAGGAUGCUGUGAUGUACGUAUGAGUGACAAUGUGUUUUGAAUGUUUGUCAGUAUAAAAUGAACUAAAAAGUGGAUCUUCUAUUAGGGAUGGAAACGGAUAUCGAUAUUAUUUCAAGGAACUUAAAAUCAGCUUUAAAGAGGUACUCAGGGGGAGUAAGCAUUGUUGAUUAUGUGAGUCCAACACAUGCCAGUACUCACCGUCAUCACAGAUCUAAGCACCAGUCAGACGGACAGACGCUCAGUCAUAGUCACACCGUCACCACCAGUCAACAACAAUCAAGUCAUCAUUCCUCAUCUCAUAAACACAAGGAACAUUCAGACUCAGGGAAACAUCGCUCAAAUGGAAUACACCAUUCGGAGGGUAAAUUGGUUGCCACGGUUGCCCCUACAACAACAUUACCUCAUUUGAACCAGUCUGAGCAUCAACAUCAUCACCGCAGACACAAAGAUGAAGACCAGUCCACUUUACCAUCGUUAAAACAGACUGAGUCUGUAACUCGACAGAAUACUUACUCCACAAUAGGAACGCCAGAACGGAGUAAAAGGGAUCAGUAUGGCAACAAGUUGCCAAUGACACCUGCUGAGGCUCUCAAAUUAUACCGAGGAAAGCUUACAGCAUUUGAACAGACUGAAAUAUUAGACUAUCCUGAAAUCUGGUUCCUGGGACUAGAGGGUAAGAAAAUAGAAGGGGAACCAGGAAGUGCUCAAAAUAAUGGUUAUGAUGAUGAAAAUGGCUCAUAUAUAAAGGUGCUACACGACCAUUUGGUUUAUCGCUAUGAGAUUUUUGAGGUGCUAGGUAAAGGUUCAUUUGGACAAGUGGUGAAGGCGUAUGAUUAUAAAACAGAUCAAAUGGUAGCUAUUAAAAUUAUCAGGAACAAAAAAAGAUUUCACCACCAGGCCUUAGUGGAGGUGAAGAUUUUAGAUGCUCUUCGCCGCAAAGAUAAAGAUAAUCAGUUCAACAUUAUUCACAUGGGGGAAUACUUCUAUUUUAGAAACCAUCUUUGUAUCACCUUCGAACUCAUGGGGAUGAAUCUGUAUGAGUUGAUUAAGAAGAACAAUUUUCAGGGAUUUAGUAUAGCGCUUAUACGUAGAUUUGCUUUCUCCCUUCUACAGUGCCUGAAGUUAUUACAGCGAGAGAAAAUAAUACAUUGUGAUCUUAAACCUGAGAAUAUUUUGUUAAGACAAAGAGGUCAAAGUUCAAUUAAAGUGAUAGACUUUGGUUCUAGCUGUUAUGAACAUCAAAGAGUAUAUACAUACAUACAGAGUAGAUUUUACCGAUCUCCCGAGGUUAUUCUAGGCUUGCCUUAUUCUAUGCCAAUUGACAUGUGGAGUUUUGGAUGUAUCCUUGCAGAAUUAUACACCGGAUAUCCCUUAUUUCCUGGAGAAAAUGAAGUGGAGCAAUUAGCGUGUAUAAUGGAGAUUCUAGGUCUACCUCCAAAUCUUGUGCUAGAACAAGCAACUAGGAGACGUCUCUUCUUUGAUUCUAAAGGUAAUCCUAGAUGUAUAACAAAUAGUAAAGGCAAGAAAAGACGUGUUUCCUCGAAAGAUCUUCAACAGGCUAUUAAAACUAGUGAUGCUAAUUUCCUAGAUUUUAUUAGGAGAUGUUUAGAUUGGGAUCCUUCAACAAGACUGACCCCAGAAGAAGCGUUACAACACGAGUGGAUUAAAGAGGGCCUAGUACACCGUCGUAAAGAUCAGGGCCACGCGAAACACUCGAGUUCUAAACAUCACCAUGGUAACCAGUCUGCUCACUCCGAUCAUUCCACCGACCCCUACAAGACACCAGCUCAACCUCCUGUAAAAGAAAAAUCAAAAACAGACGAAUGGAAGUUAAACUUAAAGAAAGGCAGUUCUAAGAAAGAGGAACGAGUUCCACCAGUUGGCGCCUCGGCUGAACAAAGUCAUGAUGAAAUCAAAACACACAGAGCUCAAAGUUCAAAGUCUAUAAAGAGUGGAAAGAAAGCGACAGAUGCAAGUGUAGUGGAAGAAGUACAUAUAACAAAGUUAAAUCUACAGGGACAAAUUCAUAAACAAGACAAUGCUCAUGAGAUAGGGAGUCUGCCUCCCAUUACAAAAUAGCCGCUGUAAAUAAUGGAUGACAUUGUGUACUCAAUCAAAAAAGUUGUACAGUAAAAUAUCAUGUGAAAAUCAAAAUGGGAAAAUAUUAUUAUGUAAAUAUUGAAUGUACUAUGUGAAUAUGUAAAACUAAAAAGUGAUUAUGUGAAAAAAUGUGAAAUCAGGAAUAUGAAAAAUGGAAAAUAUUAAGCUGAUAUAUUUUGCUGUAUACAACCUAAGAUAUAUUAAUGGGAUGCCUCUGAAAAAUGUGAUAUAUGAAAUGAAAUAUGAAGCCUGAGACAAGUACAUAUCUGUAAGUAAUAAAGAAUGUCAUGGUGACAAUGUUCAUUUGAAUAUCUUAAUAAGUAAAAUCCUUCAGUAGCUGGAGAAUCAGAGGAUCUGUCUUGAAGAGGACAUAACAGUAUUUGGAAUAUUUGAAACAUGUACUUGAACAAACUAUUAUCAGUAUUAUUUGAUGGCAUUUGCAUUUUUUUGUGAGUACCUCAGCAGUUAGUAAAUAGAAAUCUUAUCUAAUGUGGAUUAUAUACAUGUAUAUAAGUAUUGAAUGUCUUACGCUGUAUUUGUGUUAUUGUCUGAUAAUUGUCUUAUGUUAAAGUAUCUUAGUAACAGAUGAUUUAAUGGAUUAUAAAAAUAGUGAAUGAUAUGAGAAAUUUGUACUUGUAAUAUCUUGUUUAUUUGUGUGUGAAAUAUAAAAUAUAUCUUAUGUAAUGAAGAUUGUAGGAAGAUAGUGAUGCUUUCUCACAAAACAUUAAGUUUGAUAUUUAAAGUUUGACAGAAAUAUAUAUAUAUACAUAUAGAAAAUUAUUGUACAAAUAUAUUUGUCAUUCAUGCAUUAUGCUGUUUAAAGAGAACAGUAUAAGUUAUGUUAGUAAGUGAUAUAUAAUUAUAUUUCUUGACAGUAAGUGGUGGUGGUGAUAUAUAAUUGUAUUUCACAGCUAUUAAGUUGUUGUACUUCGAAAAAUAUAUAUAUGCAUAUAUAAUUAUAUUUCACUCAGACAAUAAGUGGUGUAUGUGAUACAUAAUUAUCCACAUACUGCCAGAUUUCAAUCACAAGCACUUUUUAAUCAUCCCUAGAAAUUCUUUAUUUUUGACCUUAUUUGUCAUGUAACCAAACUGUAAGCACAUCUUGCAGUUACCUUGACUACAUUUAUUAGCAGCAAUGUCAAUUAAGGCGAUAGAAAAGAAAAUACCAGUAUAUUAGUUCAAAAUAUGUAAAAUGUGUGUUUUCCACUAAUCCUUUAUUUAUCCAGUAACAAAUCGCAAUAAUUUUCUAAAAAUAAUUGAUUUACAGACUCAGUUUUUUGUCAGUCUGCAAAAAUGGAUAUUAAGUUUGACAACUGUUUCAAUAU